UUCCAUUAAGAUAAACCAACAAGAAUGGGGGACAACACAUCAGACACUGGAAAAAAACACAGGGAAAAAAAGAAGGCUGUUGGGACAGGUGUCAGACCAGAUGAACUACAACAGGAGAAGACUGAAAAACAUGUUUUAUUUCAUAAACUUAAUCUUGAAGGCAGGCACCAUAAUAAAUUGACAGUUGCAGAUGUUCUUCAGAUAUCUACACAUUCAUUUCAGUGCCAAGAUUUUUGUGCUGAAGAGGAGCUGAUUCAGACUUUCAUACAAAAAAUAAUGACAAUGAACUACAGAGCCAGAAAUAUCCAUAUAAAUAAGAUCAAUGGACAGAAGCACACACAUCAAAGAAAUGCUAAUUUAUCUGAAGAGAGUGAUAUAUUCAAAGCAGUGGGCUUGUCAAACCAAAGUAAGCCCAUGGGAAUUCACCCAAUGGAUGUUCAGAUGGCUGUGUUUCAUGCUGCUGAUGGUUUCCUGAAGCAGCUGAUGGUGACUAAACUGUCCCAGUGUCAGUACGCUCUGCCUUUGCUUGUUCCUGAUCCAUUCACACAACAGAUUGAGUUUCCUCUUUGGACAUUCAGACAAAUAAACAAGAGCUGGAAGAUGAGAAACACAGACAAUGAAAUCAUCUGUCAAACCCAGCCAAUCUACAAGGCAGAAACUCCAAUGGUGUCAUUUUUCAGGUUUGGCUCUGUGUCCUCAUCCAAGUCUCAGCUGAUGAACAGUCUGAUCAAUGAGAAACACAACACGUUCUUCCACAGGAACUGCCCAGGCAGCAGCAGAACCAGAGAACUGAUGGAUGGAGUGGUGGAGAUCGCCUGGUACUGUCCAUCUGGAUCAUAUGAUGAUAAAUUCACUGACUGUGUUGCAUUCUGUAAUCUACACGGUGAUGCAGGAGACCAUGAAAAACAGCUGCAGAUCCUCACUGAAAUGUCCUCAGUCAAUGUUGUUCUUCUACCAAAACUGGACAGGAAUGACAAACAUGCAGCAAAGAUACAAAACCUGUACAAGGACAGAAAGCCACUCAUUUGUGCUUUUACUGAGGAUAAAUCAGCUGUAACUGAGACAAAGAAAAGGAAAUUCAAAAUUGGUCUGAAAGACAGAAAUCAGACAUAUCUAAAUAAAUAACAAAAAAUAAAAAUAAAUGACUCUCACAACCAACCACCACCCACAUACAUAAUAUAAGACCCAACACAAAAACAACACAUCAUAUUAUAUAAGGAAGAUGAUGAUGACUGCAGGAGAGGAAGAGCAGUAGCACAGCAGAUAAUGAGUCUACAGAAGAAGAAAGAUCUGACAGAAAUCAAAGAAUCAUUUCUGCCUCAUCAGGGGAAACUGUGGCAUAAGUGGAGUCAGAAGAAUAAAGAUCUACAUCGACCUCGUGCAGAUGAUAUAGAAAAGGAAAUAAGUGGAAAACAGACAGAAAUGAAGAAAAUCCGUCAAGAACAGCAUGAAUCUGACAUCAGUGAGUUUAUGAAGCUCUUUAUAAAAGAACUGAACAGUGUUAGUGAACAUAAGAUGUAUUUUAUUAAAUGGCUUAGAAUCCUCCUGGAUGAACAUAUAUCAGCUGAUCUUUCUGCGCUACAUCACAAGUAUAAUGAAAAGUGGUCAACAGUCUUGAAACUGAAAGAGAAACAUGACAAGUCAGAACAACUUAAACUGAAUUUUGAGACAAUAUCUGAGGAACAUCAGGCUGCAACCUUUGGUUUGGAGCACAUCAUGCGGGAGAUCGGUCAAAUCUAUGAAUCAUGUUCAUUUGUUAAUGAGAACAAGAAAGACCUGCAGGUUCACUUCUCUUCUCUCCCGAGUCUUGCAGCAGAGAUGAUGAUCUCUGGGUUUCCACUGGAGCUGAUGGAUGGAGAUGCUGCUCAUGUUCCUGUGAUCUGGAUAUCUGCUGUUCUAGAUCAGCUCGUCCAGAAACUGGGAGACCAGCGAGUCUUUGUGCUGUCAGUUUUAGGGCUUCAGAGCUCUGGGAAAUCCACCAUGCUGAACGCCAUGUUUGGACUUCAGUUUGCCGUCAGUGCUGGCAGAUGCACCAGAGGAGCUUUCAUGCAACUGGUCAGAGUCUCAGAUGAGAUGAGAACACAGCUGAACUUUGACUAUAUUCUGGUUGUUGAUACUGAGGGGCUUCGUGCUCUAGAACUGGCUGGAAAAUCAACAAUAGAUCAUGACAAUAAAUUGGCCACAUUUGUUGUUGGUCUUGGAAAUUUGACUUUAAUCAACAUCUUUGGAGAAAACCCUGCUGAGAUGCAGGACAUUCUUCAGAUUGUUGUUCAGGCCUUCAUGAGGAUGAAGAAGGUCAAACUGAAUCCCAGCUGUGUGUUUGUGCAUCAGAACGUUUCAGACAUCACAGCUGAAGAGAAAAACAUGGAGGGAAGGAGACAACUGCAGAAGACACUGGAUAAGAUGACAAAACUCGCUGCUAAAGAGGAAGUCUAUGAUGCAGAAUGUUUCAGUGAUGUCAUUAGAUUUGAUGUUCAGAAAGAUGUGAAGUAUUUUGCUCAGCUCUGGGAGGGCAGUCCACCCAUGGCACCACCAAACCCAGACUACUGUGAGAAUAUUCAAGAACUAAAAGAAAUUAUCAUGUCUCAUGCCUCAAAAUCACAUGGAAUGAUGCUGAUAGACUUAAAAGAUCGUAUUAAAGAUCUCUGGGAGGCUUUAAUGAAUGAAGGAUUUGUUUUCAGCUUCAAAAAUUCUCUGGAGAUCUCAGCUUAUAGGAAACUGGAGAGGGAAUACAGCAAGUGGUCCUGGAGUCUUCGCAGUGCCAUGAUGGAAAUUGAGAACAAACUACACAACAAAAUAACAAAUGAAGCAAUUCAUGAGAUUGAGGAAACUGAUCUUCAAAGAGAACUGAAGAAGACAAGUGAAGAAGUGAAAAAAUCAAUCACAGAAUUCUUUGAGAAAGACACAUAUGCAGAAAUACUGAUUCAGUGGAAAACAUCAUUUGAAAUCAAAAUCAAAGAGCUUCAGACAAACAUUGUGAGAGAAACAAAGAGGAAAUUAAAUGAGAUUCUUCAGCAGCGAGAUCUGAAGAAAAAGAUUGAUGCUCAGAGGAAAACUCAUGAAAACACUCUCUAUGAAAAGAGUAAAGAAGUUGCCUUUAUACUAAAAGGCAAAGCAAACAAUGAAGAAACACUAAAGAAAGAGUUUGAUUCAUUUUGGAAACUGAAUGUGAAGAAGAUCAUGACAGACACUCCUCCAAUCAAAAACACUGACAUAAUGAGAGAUGUAAGAGUGAUCCUCAGUGAGAUCUAUAAGGAACGUCUCCCUGUUGACCACUGGAAGGAGGGCAGUGAGCACCACAAUAUUUUCACUGUGAAGAGUUAUUCAAAAUAUGUUAUUUUCAAGAGAUAUGCAAAAAGGAAUAAAGAAGCUAUGAACAGUGAAAGCAGAAAAGAAAAAUGUGAUUUUUUUCAGAAUCUUUAUCCAGAGGAUGAACACCAAAUAAUAUUAUUAGUCUCAGAUGUUGCUCAGGAGACAGACAAAAUGAUUCAGUCUUUUAACAUAUCAGAGAAGGGCUACAACAUCAGCUACAUCCAACAACUCACAAAUUAUAUCAUUAAGAGAGUAACAGAACAUCAAGAAGGACCAGUGAAAUAUGAGUUUAAGAAUGAAUUCUUCAUGGAUUUGGUUUUUUCCAUCUGUGAGAGAAAAAACAAGAUGAUCACUGACCAACACAAAAUGUUCAGAGAUGCCAAUGAUCCUGAAAUAUAUGUUGAGAAGAAGAGAGAAGAGUACUAUAGUAUUUUCCAGAAAUAUUGUCAGGGAGCCUCGUCAGCUGUUAUUUUUGGUGAGAUCAUCUGUCAUAAACUUAAAGAACCCAUUGAGCAGAGUGUCUACAAGAAGACUGCCAGAGAUCUGACAGAAGAAAUGAUAUCAAACUGUGAAUCACUGAAUGGAAACAGAUCAAAUCUAGAGAAACACAUCCUGAAGACACUGGCGGAAAAAAAAGACUUUGACCAAUACAUGAAGUACAUUAAAACUCCCAGAGAUUACUUCAAGAGUUUCAUCAGAGAUGAAGUCAGUUGGUACAUCGCUGAUAAGUUAAGUGUCAGUGUUUUACCCAAGAUGAAGGAGAACAUUGAACUCCUGCAGAAGAAGAUCAUGAGAGCAGCACAUGAAUCUACUGAACAUGUUCAAGUCAACAGUGGAGAUGUUGGUUUGUGGUUGAAGAGUUUCACACAGCAGCUCUCAGAUGAGCCGAUCUUCUCUGAAAAAGACCUCAGUGGAGUUAAACAUAAUGAUGUUGAGGUGAAACUCCUAGAAGAUGUGGUAAGACAAGAAAUUCCUGAUAUAAUGUCUGACAUCAGUGGUAGAUUUACCAAAAAUACAUUUGAUGAAGAACUGGACUGUAAAUUCAGACCAGAUGAGCUUCUGAUUAAUCACUUCUGUCAGUGCUGUUGGGUUCAAUGUCCAUUCUGUAGAGCCAUCUGCACCAACACCAUAGAAAACCAUGGUGGAGAUCACAGUGUUCCUUUUCAUCGUAAUAUUGGACUGAACGGGUGGUAUUACAGAGGGACAAGGAACUUGUGUAUAAACAUCUGUACAUCAUCAGUAGCAAGUGAUCGAUCUUUUUAUCCCAGUGACUCAGAUGAAUCAGUCCUAUACAGUCAAUACAGAAAAGCAGGAGGAAAAUAUGCUAAGUGGAGCAUCACCCCUGAUAACUCUGAACUGCCCUACUGGAAGUGGUUUGUGUGCAAAUUUCAGAAAGAUCUUGAGAAAUACUACAAUAAAACAUUUGAGGGAAGUGGUGAGAUACCUGAUGCAUGGAAAACAUAUACAAAACUGGAUAUUAUAAAGAGUUUGGAUAAAUACAUUUAAUUUAACAAGCUAAAUGAGUCCCCCUUUCCUCCCUAAACAAUCUGAAAUUAGCUUUUGAUAAUCACUAUAGCAAAUUUUACAGAAUACAUCAGAGAGAAUAGUUUGAAGAUUUAUACAAAGUUCAGUUUCAGAACUUCUACUCGAGGCAUUUUUUCCAACAUCUAAUGUCAUGAUGUCUCAUUAUAUAUAUAUA